UCGUUCAGUAGUUUUAAAAAUCAUCUCGAAUCUUCCUACGGUCAUUAGACAUGCUAAGGUUAAGUGUAACUCUGCUCGUGGCCUGCGUGGCCUUGUGCUCCGCUGCCUCCCUCAAGCAAGGACUAACCAAGCCAGCCCAGGAUCGUUCGGGUCGUAUCGCGGGAGGAACCGUUGCCGAGACGGCUCAGUUCCCGUUCCAGGUAGCUCUGUUGACCGCAGAUGGUCUUCACUAUUGUGGCGGAUCGAUCCUUAACCAGCGAUGGGUUGUGACGGCUGGUGCGUGCGCGGUCGGAAAGACCACGGCCGAUAUCGUCGUCUUCGCUGGAAGUAACCGACUGAGCGAGGGCGGUCGGCGGCACCGUGUCGACCGGGUUGUUCUGCACCCGAACUUCGAUGUUGAGCUGUACCACAAUGACGUUGCUGUCCUGCGUGUCGUUGAGCCAUUCAUCUUCAGCGAUGAAGUUCAGCCGAUUGCUAUGCGGGCGGAGUAUGCCGAAAGUGGACUGAAUGUCACUGUAUCCGGAUUUGGACGUGAAUCGAUUUCCAACGUUGGAGACGAUCGGCUGCGCUUCGUGGAGGCUCAAGUGAUGCCUCAGGACGAGUGCCUGGCAGCGUUCGACGAGAACUACACUCCCCGGUUGGAAGACAAUACUGUGUGCACCCAGAGUGCCGAAGGAGAGGGAAUUUGUCUUGGUGACGCUGGAGGCCCGCUCGUUCACGACGGUCACCUUAUUGGAGUGGUGUCAUGGGGAAUCCCGUGCGGAAUGGGAAUGCCCGAUGUGUAUGCUCGAGUGUCUGCUCACAGGGGCUGGAUUCUGGUGCACACUUUGGUUUAGGGUUAGCGUUUGUAUGACUAGUGUAGAUCAUAGAUGAAAUAAAAAAUAAUGAUGAUGGCACAAUGUGUCUGAAACCGUUAAGAUAUCAGUACACAGAGAUUAAUAUUUGUCUAAAAAGAAAC